AUGUGUUUUGCCUUUGAGGAUUGGGGCGAGGAGGAUACUUGGGAAGACAUGAAGUUCAACGUCAUCAGCGGCAAUGUGACUAUACAACUCUGCAUGCAAGUUGUCAUGGAAUACAUCAUCGUUGCGCUGUAUCUCGGUCUGGGCCUUGAACUGCCCGGCAAAGCUGCGAGACUGAAGAAGCAAGUAGAAGACCAAAUGGACCAAGCAAGAGCACUGGAUGCUGAUCAGCUCCAAGAAACGGUGUUAUGGAAAUUACACGACUGGGUCUCGCGAAUCGUCGCUGCAAUGAUCAUGCCAGCAUUGCAAUUCGCACAUUGGAUGUUGGGCCCAGUCUCCGUACACAACAUCUGUCAGCACAAAUACCUCCGCUUCCUCGUUACAUUACAAGCCAGCCCACUGCCCUCCUUCUGCAUCGUUGGCUUCGACGUACCAUCCAGCAACAACAACCACGAUAUUUUGCCGGGCAAGCUGUUCCACAGCUUCAUUUCUCAACCCACUUUUAUGAUGUCGCACCGCUAUCCAGGCGAUCCACUCUCAAUCAUCCAAUGUAGAAGAAUCAUCGUCUGUAAAGACCGAGAUGGGAUCCUGGGGUAUUAUCAACGCGAGUGA